AUGGCGUCCGAGGCCAAUACCAGCCCAGGAAAUGCCCUGUAUCCCGACGUGCCACCAAUGCGACCGCCGCACAUGGAGUUUGUAUACCGCCUGGUCGCCGAAAUGCACCCGACCAACCACUACGAGAUUGAGAACCUCCAGGGCACCGGCGUCACGCGCUCCGUCGGCCACAUUGCUCGCGGCACCGUGCGCGGUCCAAAGAUCAACGGCAUCGUGGUGGAGAAUAGCGGCGCCGAUUGGGCUCAGCGCAUUCAUUCCAAAAAGAUUUUCUACAAGCUGUUUGCUCGAUACACGCUACUCACCGACGAUGGGCAUCAUAUUCUGGUCGAUGCGCAGGGCGUUUUCCGGCCGGGCCCCGGCGUGGACUUUGAUUACGACGCAGGCACCAAGACAAGAUUCCUACAGGAUGACGUGGAAUACUUUACGCACAUUACCUUUGAGGCGGCCGGCGACUCACCGUACAAUUGGAUGAACGGGAUAGUCGCCGUGGGGGUGCUAGAGUCUGUCGACGAUGCCGCCAUUAUUGACUGUUGGCGACUGACAAACUUUCCCGGGAAGGAGGUCGAGGACGUUUAUGUUGGCCGGUAA